AUGGAGCUGUGGCUGGUGUGUCUUACCAUCAUGUUUGCUCUAGUCUCGUGGGCGAUGAGGACUCGAGUUGAUUAUGAUGAAGAACAGUGCAGUUUGAGUUUGGCAGUUCAGAAUAGAGCCCUGAAUUCGAAGUCCUCUUCUAUCGUAUCUGUUCCCGUUGGGAUAUUCACGUCAUUGGGAAACCCAAAGGACGGAACAGGACCGGACAUGACGAGCCAAGCAAAAAGCAUGGAGCCAAGGUCAGGCCAGUGA